AUGGCGGUUCCUACAACUGUCUUCUUGUCUGCAGGUUGCCUCUCCUUGCUGGUGACAGUGCAGAACGUUGAGCGUUACACCACCUUGUUUGCCACUGUGGUCCUCAAGUGUGACUACAGCACCUCUGCACAGCUGCAGGACGUGGUGGUGACCUGGCGCUUCAAAUCCUUCUGCAAGGAUCCCAUCUUUGACUACUACUCAAGCUCAUACCAGGCCGGGUUAGCCCUUGGUCAGGAUCCAUCUGAUGACUGCAAUGACAGCCAGCGAAAGGUGCGCAUUGUCAUCCAGAAGUACGGGCAGAAUGAGCCUGUGCUGGGCGUCGAUUACCGCCAACGAAAGAUCACCAUUCAGAACCGGGCAGACCUUGUCAUCAGCGAGGUCAUGUGGUGGGACCAUGGUGUGUACUACUGCUCUGUGGAAGCACCGGGAGACACAUCAGGCGACCCGGACAAAGAAGUUAAGCUAAUUGUUCUCCACUGGCUCACCGUACUCCUUAUUGUCCUUGGUGGGCUCCUCCUCCUCGUGCUGAUCGGAGUGUGCUGGUGCCAGUGCUGCCCACAGCACUGCUGCUGUUACAUCCGGUGCGCCUGCUGCCCAAGGAGGUGCUGCUGCAAUGAGGAAGCACUGCAACGGCAUCACUUCGUGAAGCAGGCUCGUGCGCUGGCGCCUUGGAUGGCACCUAACAUGUUCUACAAAGGUGGUGAUGGGAAUUCCCUACUUUCUUCUUACCUGCUCAACCCUCUGUUGCAACGAGACGUGUCUCUGCAGGGCAGUAUUCCACUGGCGCAGCCACAAGGUCAGCUUUCUUCUAACAAGGGCGUCUUGGACUACCUGGAGUCUGAAAUCCAGAACCUUAACCUGUCCUCCCACCAGCGGCAGGCCGUGCCGCACUCCAGCAUGCUCUCCUCCCUGGGCUCCGAGAUCAUGGAUUGCAGAGCGACACGUCCCCCCAUCGACCCUGUCCCCUCCUUGCAUGGCAGCAGCAACUCCUCCCGCCCGCAAAGAGAUGCUCGCACGUCGCGACCCUGGGACUCCCCAUCAGAGAACCAGAGGGAGCACCGGCAGUGGCCUCAGCAUCCUAGUGGGGAUUUCCAUUCCACCCACAGUCGUGAGCCCUGGGACAGGCAGCAAGAGGAGCGUCCGCCAAGGCAGGGCUACAACAGCAGGCCGUGGCGCCCCAGGCAGGAUGCAUCACCUGUGCGCCAUGCCGAGAGGGGCAAGAGUAGCAACAGCAGUGGCAAGCGGCGGCACAGCUACUCCCCGCCUUCCCGGCGAGGAUCGUGGAGCUCCUCCGAAGAGCAGGUCCGUCUCCCAGCGGCCAACCGCAAGCGGCACCGCCGGGCUCGGGACCGGCCAGAGGACAAACCGCCCAGCUACCGCUCACUAGAAAUCCUCCCCGAUCAGGACAGCAAGCAUGGGGAGAGCGCGGAGCCGCGCUCGGUAAGUCAGCCACUCUUGCUGCUUCCCAGCCAAGGCAGGAGGCUGGUUCCUCAGGGGAGCGAGCAAGUUCCCGCAGUGGAAGAAGUAUAG